AUGGCCGAUCCAACACCAUCCACAUCGACGCAGCCGCCUGCCGAGUCCGUGCUCUCCACGGAUCCGGCCAAGGACAAGGCGCUCAAGGCGUACAAGAAGGCGCUCAAGCAGCACGAGGAGCUCUCCGAGGGGCUCAAGAAGCUGCGCUUCGGACUCAAGGACCUCGACAAGGCGUACGACAAGACCGAGGACGACAUCAAGGCGCUGCAGUCGGUGGGGCAGAUCAUCGGCGAGGUGCUCAAGCAGCUCGAUGAGGAGCGCUACAUUGUGAAAGCCUCGUCCGGUCCGCGCUACGUGGUGGGCAUCCGUGCGAGCGUGCCCAAGCACAAGCUCAAGCAAGGAGUGCGUGUGUCGCUCGACAUGACCACACUCACCAUCAUGCGCAUCCUGCCGCGCGAGGUGGAUCCGCUCGUGUACAACAUGAGCAUGGAGGAUCCGGGCGCCGCGAGCUUUGCGGGCAUCGGUGGACUGUCGGACCAGAUCCGCGAGCUGCGCGAGGUGAUCGAACUGCCACUGCUCAAUCCGGAGCUGUUUAUGCGCGUGGGGAUCAAGCCUCCCAAGGGUGUGUUGCUCUACGGACCGCCGGGCACGGGCAAGACGCUGCUGGCGCGUGCGGUGGCGAGCACGCUCGAGACCAACUUCCUCAAGGUGGUCUCGAGCGCGAUUGUGGACAAGUACAUCGGCGAGAGCGCGCGUCUGAUCCGCGAGAUGUUUGGGUACGCCAAGGAGCACGAGCCGUGCAUCAUCUUUAUGGACGAGAUUGAUGCGAUUGGCGGACGACGAUUCAGCGAAGGCACGUCGGCGGAUCGCGAGAUCCAGCGCACGCUCAUGGAGCUGCUCAACCAGAUGGACGGAUUCGACUACCUCGGCAAGACCAAGGUGAUCAUGGCCACCAACAGGCCCGACACGCUCGACCCUGCGCUCAUGCGACCGGGACGUAUCGACCGCAAGAUCGAGAUCCCGCUGCCCAACGAGCAGUCGCGUCUGGAGAUUCUCAAGAUCCACACCAAGCCGGUGGCCAAGAAGGAGGAGCUCGACUACGAGGCCAUCGUCAAGCUCAGCGACGGAUUCAACGGCGCCGAUCUGCGCAACGUCGCCACCGAGGCCGGCAUGUUUGCCAUCCGCGACGACCGCGACUACUGCGUCCAGGAGGACUUUAUGAAGGCGGUGCGCAAGCUUCAGGAAGCCAAGCGCCACGAGUCCAAGAUCGACUACAGCGCAGUGUAG